UCCCCGCCUCCUUCCCCGAGCCUCGUUCCCUCACGCGCUCCCCAUCUUGUCUCCGCCUCGUUUUCUCUCCUAGUUGAGGGGAAGGAAAAAAAAAAAAAACCUACCAUCCUCCUGUGGGAGCCUCUCGCCCUCUGGAAAAAAAAAAAAAAUCCACAAAACCAGAGAUGGUCCUGGGCUCCCACUGCUGAAGGCUUGGCCCACCCGAGGAGGUCGAAGUCCCGGCAGGGAAGCCCCGCAGCCCCCCGGCGUCGUAUCCCCGCGGGCCGGCUUCUUCGGCCCCGCGCCCACCGCCCUCGGUCCGUCGCUGGCCCCCGGGCCUCCCACCCAGUUCCUGCACUUUCCCCGGAGCCGGGCCGCCACCCCUCUCAUUGAUGGUGUAGCGCCUGAGGGGAAGCAUUUUUGAAACGUUGGGGUUGUUGGAGUGGUUGGAUUUUCCCUGGAAUUGAGUGAGAAAUUCAGAAGACUGAAGCCCAGGCUCACUGUCUACCUUUCACGGAGGCCUAGCCGUGAGAGGACAGAAGAAGGCACGUGGAGAAUCAUGACAGCUGACAAAGAUAAAGACAAAGACAAAGAGAAGGACCGGGACCGGGAUCGGGACCGAGAGAGAGAUAAAAGAGACAAAGCAAGAGAGAGCGAGAAUGCCCGUCCUCGAAGGAGCUGCACCUUGGAGGGAGGAGCCAAGAACUAUGCUGAGAGUGAUCACAGCGAGGACGAAGACAAUGACAACAACAGCGCCACCACGGAGGAGUCCACCAAGAAGAGCAGGAAAAAACCUCCCAAAAAAAAGUCUCGCUAUGAGAGGACAGACACUGGAGAGAUAACAUCUUACAUCACUGAGGAUGACGUUGUCUACAGACCGGGAGACUGUGUGUAUAUCGAGAGUCGUCGGCCAAACACACCGUAUUUCAUCUGCAGCAUCCAAGACUUCAAGCUGGUCCACAACUCCCAGGCCUGUUGCAGAUCUCCAGCUCCUGCUCUGUGUGACCCCCCAGCAUGCUCUCUGCCGGUGGCAUCACAGCCGCCACAGCACCUUUCUGAAGCCGGGAGAGGGCCUGUAGGGAGUAAGAGGGACCAUCUACUCAUGAACGUCAAAUGGUACUACCGUCAGUCUGAAGUUCCAGAUUCUGUCUAUCAGCAUUUGGUUCAGGAUCGGCAUAAUGAAAACGACUCUGGAAGAGAACUUGUCAUCACAGAUCCAGUCAUCAAGAACCGGGAGCUCUUCAUUUCGGAUUAUGUUGACACCUACCAUGCCGCUGCUCUGAGAGGGAAGUGUAACAUCUCCCAUUUUUCUGACAUAUUUGCGGCUCGAGAAUUUAAAGCCCGAGUGGACUCAUUUUUCUACAUAUUAGGCUACAACCCUGAGACAAGGAGGCUGAAUAGUACCCAAGGGGAAAUUCGAGUUGGCCCUAGCCACCAGGCCAAACUUCCAGAUUUGCAACCAUUUCCUUCUCCAGAUGGUGAUACAGUGACUCAGCAUGAGGAACUUGUCUGGACACCUGGAGUCAGCGACUGUGACCUCCUCAUGUACCUGAGGGCAGCAAGGAGCAUGGCAGCAUUUGCAGGGAUGUGUGAUGGAGGUUCCACAGAGGAUGGCUGUGUCGCAGCAUCUCGGGAUGACACCACUCUCAAUGCACUGAACACGCUACAUGAAAGCAGUUAUGACGCCGGCAAAGCCCUGCAGCGCCUGGUGAAGAAGCCUGUGCCCAAGCUGAUCGAGAAGUGCUGGACAGAGGAUGAAGUGAAACGCUUCGUUAAGGGCCUCCGACAAUACGGCAAGAACUUCUUCCGAAUCAGAAAGGAGCUGCUUCCCAAUAAGGAAACCGGAGAACUGAUUACCUUCUAUUACUACUGGAAGAAAACACCAGAAGCAGCCAGCUCCCGUGCCCACCGCCGGCACCGCAGGCAGGCCGUGUUCAGAAGAAUUAAGACGCGCACAGCAUCCACCCCUGUGAACACACCCUCCAGACCGCCAUCCAGUGAAUUCUUGGACCUGAGCUCAGCUAGUGAGGAUGACUUUGACAGCGAGGACAGCGAGCAGGAGCUGAAGGGGUACGCCUGCCGUCACUGCUUCACCACCACCUCCAAAGACUGGCACCACGGGGGCCGAGAAAACAUCUUGCUGUGCACAGACUGCCGCAUCCACUUCAAGAAGUACGGUGAGCUGCCACCCAUCGAGAAGCCUGUGGACCCCCCACCCUUCAUGUUCAAGCCCGUCAAGGAGGAGGACGAUGGGCUCAGUGGGAAACAUAGCAUGAGGACACGGCGGAGUCGGGGCUCGGGGCAGAUGUCUACACUACGCAGUGGUCGGAAGAAGCAGCCCACCAGUCCUGAUGGUCGUGCCUCACCCAUCAAUGAAGACAUCCGAUCGAGUGGCCGGAACUCCCCCAGUGCGGCUAGCACUUCCAGCAAUGACAGUAAAGCAGAGACAGUGAAGAAGUCAGCCAAGAAGGUGAAGGAAGAGGCUGCAUCCCCUCUAAAGAGUACCAAGCGCCAGCGGGAGAAGGUGGCCUCUGACACAGAAGACACUGAUAGGACCACCUCCAAAAAGACAAAGACUCAGGAGAUCAGCCGCCCCAACUCUCCCUCUGAAGGUGAGGGGGAGAGUUCAGACAGUCGCAGUGUGAACGAUGAGGGCAGCAGUGACCCGAAAGACAUCGACCAGGAUAACCGCAGCACGUCUCCCAGUAUCCCCAGCCCUCAGGAUAAUGAGAGCGACUCAGACUCCUCAGCUCAGCAGCAGAUGUUGCAGGCCCAGCCCCCAGCCUUGCAAGCUCCCAGUGGGGCUGCCUCGGCCCCCUCUACAGCCCCUCCAGGGACACCCCAGCUUCCCACCACAGGGCCCACACCCUCUGCCACUGCAGUCCCUCCACAGGGCUCCCCUGCAGCCUCACAGCCCCCUAACCAGACUCAAUCUACAGUGGUACCUGCAGCCCACACCCACAUCCAGCAGACACCUACCCUGCACCCACCUCGGCUGCCCUCACCUCAUCCUCCACUGCAGCCUAUGACUGCACCGCCUAGCCAGAACUCUGCACAACCUCACCCCCAGCCCUCCUUGCAUGGUCAGGGCCCACCCGGCCCUCACGGCCUACAGACUGGACCCCUAUUACAGCACCCAGGGCCGCCUCAGCCCUUUGGUCUUCCUCCCCAACCCUCCCAAGGUCAGGGCCCUUUGGGCACCUCCCCAGCAGCAGCUCAUCCUCACAGCGCCAUACAGCUUCCAGCAUCCCAGUCAGCACUGCAGCCCCAACAGCCCCCAAGGGAACAGCCCUUGCCUCCUGCCCCUUUAGCCAUGCCUCACAUCAAACCCCCUCCCACCACACCAAUUCCCCAGCUUCCAGCACCACAGGCCCACAAACAUCCACCUCACCUCUCAGGCCCCUCCCCCUUCUCCAUGAAUGCCAACCUGCCACCCCCUCCAGCCCUGAAGCCCCUGAGCUCACUGUCCACACACCACCCUCCCUCAGCCCACCCCCCACCCUUACAGCUCAUGCCUCAGAGCCAGCCCUUGCCCUCUUCACCUGCCCAGCCACCUGGGCUGACCCAGAGCCAGAGCCUACCACCCCCUGCUGCCUCCCAUCCUACCACCGGCCUCCACCAGGUGCCCUCCCAAUCCCCAUUCCCCCAGCACCCUUUCGUACCUGGAGGCCCCCCUUCCAUCACCCCACCCUCCUGCCCCCCGACCUCCACCUCUCCUGCUGGGCCCAGCUCCUCAUCACAGCCGCCCUGCUCUGCUGCGGUGUCUUCUGGAGGCAGUGUUCCAGGGGCGCCAUCUUGCCCACUUCCUGCUGUGCAGAUCAAAGAGGAGGCUCUGGAUGAAGCAGAGGAGCCAGAGAGCCCUCCUCCACCCCCCAGGAGCCCAUCCCCUGAGCCCACUGUAGUGGACACCCCCACCCACGCUAGCCGUAAUGCCAGGUUCUACAAACACCUGGACCGGGGCUACAAUUCGUGUGCACGGACAGACCUGUACUUCAUACCUCUGGCUGCAUCCAAACUAGCCAAGAAGAGGGAGGAAGCCAUUGAGAAGGCCAAGCGGGAGGCUGAACAGAAAGCCCGAGAGGAACGGGAGCGGGAGAAAGAGAAGGAAAAAGAGCGAGAACGGGAGAGAGAACGGGAACGGGAGGCAGAGCGUGCUGCUCAGAAGGCAUCUAGCUCAGCACAUGAAGGCCGUCUGAGUGACUCUCAGCUCAGUGGUCCAGGUCACAUGCGACCCUCCUUCGAGCCACCACCGACCACAAUUGCUGCUGUGCCCCCAUAUAUUGGGCCUGACACACCUGCCCUCCGGACACUGAGCGAAUAUGCUCGGCCCCAUGUCAUGUCUCCCACCAACCGCAAUCACCCCUUCUACAUGCCCCUUAAUCCCACUGACCCCCUGCUGGCUUACCACAUGCCUGGCCUGUACAAUGUUGACCCCACCAUCCGGGAGCGGGAGCUCCGAGAGCGUGAGAUCAGAGAGCGCGAGAUCCGGGAGCGGGAAUUGCGGGAGAGGAUGAAGCCAGGCUUUGAGGUGAAGCCCCCAGAGCUGGACCCCCUGCACCCAGCCACCAACCCCAUGGAGCAUUUUGCCCGGCACAGCGCCCUCACCAUUCCUCCUGCAGCCGGCCCCCACCCCUUUGCCUCUUUCCACCCUGGCCUCAACCCUUUGGAUCGGGAGAGACUGGCGCUGGCAGGUCCUCAGCUGCGGCCUGAGAUGAGUUACCCAGACAGACUGGCAGCCGAGCGCAUCCAUGCAGAGCGCAUGGCGUCACUUACCAGCGACCCCCUGGCACGGCUGCAGAUGUUCAAUGUCACGCCACACCAUCACCAGCACUCACACAUCCACUCCCACCUCCACCUCCACCAGCAGGACCCUCUCCACCAAGGUUCAGCAGGCCCAGUUCACCCCCUGGUUGACCCCCUGACUGCUGGCCCUCACUUAGCUCGCUUCCCCUACCCUCCGGGCACCCUCCCUAAUCCUCUACUUGGACAGCCCCCCCAUGAGCACGAGAUGCUGCGCCACCCAGUUUUUGCAGAGCCUGUUUUGCGCUUGGCAGGCACCCCCUAUCCCCGAGACCUGCCUGGGGCUAUUCCACCCCCCAUGUCAGCAGCCCACCAGCUUCAGGCCAUGCAUGCCCAGUCAGCCGAGCUACAGAGACUAGCCAUGGAACAGCAGUGGCUGCACGGACAUCCACACAUGCAUGGUGGCCAUCUACCAAGUCAGGAGGAUUACUACAGUCGACUGAAGAAAGAAGGUGACAAGCAGUUAUAAGUUAUUUAUUCGUUAAUGCUGGCUGUGGAAACCCCAGUUCUAGGGGGCAGAAACAGGACUUUUACAUCUCGUAAGCGCUGCAAGAACAAAGAGGAAUAUCGUCUAAAGAUUGCUCUAUAUAUUUAAAACCCACAACUAAAACACAACUGCAUAAUAGUGUUUGUUUGUUGAGAGGAUUUCCUGAGACCAGUUUGGGUCUCCCUGCAUGACAGUCCCCCAGAAACUUGGUGUGUCCUGGGCUGGACUGACACCCAGAAAACUUACCACGAUCUUGGGGUUUGGCUUUAGUUCUCUUUUCCUUGAUUUCUCAGUAGGUGCUAGAGUCCGUUCACACCCUUCACUGUGCGCGCAGACACUGAGGCACGUGGGCUCUGAAACCCACAGGUGGUUUGCAGAGAGGUGGCAUAUGAGUUUGAAAUCCAAGAGCUAUAAUUUUUAAAAAAUCUUUUAUUUUAAUACAUUGUAGGAAAUCUUCAUAAUUUGAGACAGUUCUGCAGCAUGGCUUUUUACAUCUGUAAAUAAAUAAUUUUAGAAGUCUUUUUUUUCUUUCCACAGACGACUAUUCUGAUCUAUUUUUUCCAGCCAUGUCACAAAGUGUGAAUUCCUACCAGCUAUUGACAGAAUACAGAGUUGAUUUUUUAAUAAAAAGUUAUAUAUAAUUAUCCCUUUAAUUAAAGGGAACAGAUGGGCGUUUCUAGUUUUAAGCAGGCAGGAGCUUGGGACUAGGUUUGGUCACAGCAGUGAGCACCCAAGGGUUGGCAGGGACAGUGUUACAGGCUCUUUAUUUUGCUGCUUUGAUUUUUAUUCUGUCUGUCCCUCACAUGUGCAGUGGCAGGCGUGUUUGAGUGAGCCUCCUUCCUCAUUCAUAGGAGUUCCGUGUUGACUCUGUUCCCUGAUGUCCCCACUGUCCUGUGUCUGGUAUAGGAAGCACAUGUUUAUGUAUCUGUGUGUGAUGAUAAGUUUCCUUAGAGUUUUAUGCACAUGUUUGAUCUAGAUAAAUUGUUAUAAACAUUCUAGGAAAUUCAAGAAAGUGAUGCAGUACCUAGCACAUGAAAAGACCUACGACAUGUACUUGCCAAAAGAAUGUUAGGAUCUGCUCAUGUGCAUGUCACCAUGCCAAGCCAUGCCAGCCACAGACUGAGAGGUUUCAGAGUGAGGAAUACCCUAGGGUUACUGUGGUUGUAGGUCUGGCCCGUACUCGGGGCUAUGAAGUAGGCUGUGCAGGUGACCUGCACCUCCUAGGAAACCAAGUGUCCUGCCUUUCCUCCUAGAAUAGGAAUGGUAGGGGUAGUCCUGGUUGAAGCAGGUUCCCCUGGGAAGUGCUCUCUUGCAGGCCCUGCAGAGAGGUGAGUCAGAGCAGUGCUGGGCAGAACUGACUCCUGCCCCACUGUCCCUGAUGGAACUCUCCUUCCAGAGCUAUGGAAGAGAUAUCUGGACCCCUCCCUUGGACUCUUGGGGCCAUUCCCACUCUUGAAUGCAAUGGUUGCAUUUAGAAACAGCUAGCCAGGGACCAUCCUGUGGGUCAGUAGACAAGGUGUGUCCUGGCCCCGUGGAGAGAAGUAGCUUGUGGUUCAGCUGGCACUCACUCUGCUCCAGGCUCUGACUCAGGCGUGGCAGAGCCUCAUGCUCCCUGAACCAUGCAUGGAGCAACUAGGAUCCAUUUGUCUGUUGGACAUGUUUGUAGCUUUUUUGUUUUGUUUUUUAACUUUUCUUUUUCUCAUUCCAUUUCUGCCUUAACUUUGGUUCUUCAUAGGAGGCAAGCUCAAAUUAACCUUUUGUCAUCAAACUGUCUGGCUGCCUUGGCAUGAAGGCAUUUUUUUCUUCUGGGGGUGGUGACAUGCCCUCCAGAUGGCCUGUCCUCCAGCCCUCUGGACCGAGGAAGGACCCACCCCCCCCCCCAAGGCUCUGGACAGGCAGGUCCCUUCUGUCACAUGCCACCACCUCCUUCCCCUUUUAACUGAGUCUGCCGUUGAGUUAAACCUUUAUUUCCUCUCUAGUACCCAUUUCCAAAGAGAAAGAGUGAAGUACUUUGAAGUCUGUACUUGAAAUCUGUCUGGAAGUGUUUCCUCGUUAGUUUUGGGUUUCUCCCCUGUCCCAAGGUGAAGCGCUGAGUCUUCAUUUCUUCUGUGACUGACUACAGUUCAUUUGGAGGCCCUGGACCUUUGUGGCGUCUUUGAAGCCUGGCCUCUUGCCUUCCUUUUGGAUUUUCCUUGCUUUCAUUUGAAGUUUGGGUUUGCUUUCUGUGUUCUGUACGUAUCUUGUUCAGUGUCGUCAAGGUUGAGCUUCAAGUCUCACUGCAGUGGAGCGAGCGGACAUUCUGAUCGCUGCAUUUCUUUAGAUCUCGGAGCUAAGUGUACAUAUGAGUAGUUUGCCAUGAGAUGACACAGUGUAAACAGUAGACACCCAGAAAAUCGUGACUUCUGUGUUCUCUCCAUUUGAGUAUUUUGUAAUUUUUUUGAAAUAUUUGUGGACAUAAAUAAAACCAAGCUACACUACAGCA